CGUAGAUUUCCCCACUGUUACUCGUCUCCCAUCUGAAUAUAUCUUUCUGAGAAAGGACCAUUCUCUUCCUGCUGAUACUCCUGAAGGCUGAAAGAACAAGAGGGUAUCUUUUAGGGACUUUUCUAUCACCAGUGAGUUGACAAGGAGGAUUCCGCUUCACCCAGCACCACACAUUCACUCUCUCCUAGCAGGACUUCUGUUGCGUUAAUUUUGGGGAUUUCUUUGAAAUUGAAAAGGCAGCUGGAUGGUGUGUACUGCGAAGCUCGUUUCAGCUCCGUUGGCUUUGGAAUCCAGCUUUUCUUCAGCACGAUCCGAGGACGAUAAAAGACUCUUCGUCCCCCCCACCUCGCGAGCUUCCUAGCGACCGCCUCUGGAACCAGUGACUCUUUCAGCACCAUUCCAAGCGGACAGCUCCUUGGGACCAGCCUUGCUUCGCUAAGGCACUUCGAGAGAAGCAAGCGUGUGCGUUCGUCGGGGGAGGGGCGACUCAAUCCCCCACCUCCAGAUAGUCUGGUUAGAUCGUACAAUCUUCAUUAAUUAUCCGGAGGUGGAGGAGGGAGGCAGGAAAUAUGCUGUAGCCACAGAAAGGGCUUGCCGAAUACCAUAUAGGAGAAGGAAAUCGCAAGCCUUCUGGCUAUGCUUAGGUGAAAGAAAAAGAAUCACCACUCUGACCUGUCUUCUAAACUAUGCAAGACCCACACCCAUCCUGAUUUCGGAGAGAAGGAAGAGACUAGUACAACUGUGAUCCACUUGGCUAUUAGGCAGAAAGCAAGGGAGAGCUUUUUCUUUCUUUCUUUUUUUUAAAGAACAAACCCUACGGAGUUUAACACCACAAGUGCUGGGAAUAGCUUCACGCUGAGAUUCUCAGGAAAGUGAGGCUUGCAGGGAGCAGGGAGACACGGAUUUUUAAAACGCUGGGAUGGGAGAAUUUCGCCCAACUUCGCCAGGGCUCUGAGGAUUGUCGAAAAAGGAACAAAGGAGAUUUUGUUUUUGCCUCUCCUCCCUUCUCCUUCAUGUAAAGUUAUGCAAAACUUGGAGCCUUUCUCUAACUGCGCUACUACAAUCCUCCAGAGGGCUGCAAAAAGGACCUAGUAAAAGACUUGGGCAGUCUCUCCUUCCUUUACCUACCUGCCUUGGAAUGGAUACUGGAGAGGACUGGAAAUCUUGAUGGAAAAGUGAAAUUGAAAGGGGAAGAGAACCAUGGUUUUUCCCUUUCAGAAGACCACUGGUCAGUUCCUGCCUCCAGUCUCAGCCCUUUGAAGUUUCAUCUUUCACUAGGCAAGUUUCAAUGUCAAGCCAGUUUCUAAGCCAGGAAAGCUAAGGAGUUGUGUGAAGAGUCCUUGAUUUCCAUGGCUCUUUAGAUUGCUUGGGUUUAAUCUCAAGGUGUCUUUGGCAAUGACUGGGAAGAACAGGGGAUCUUUGUGCAUGGAGCAACUCUCUUUCUGUCUACUCUUGAGUAUCUGCAGUGGCUGGUGGUAUCAGCCAACUAGCUCAGCCAAACCCAAAGGCCAAGGACACCCUCAUGUGAACUCUAUCCGCCUUGAUGGGGACAUCACCCUAGGAGGCCUCUUCCCUGUACAUGGGAGAGGCUCAGAAGGCAAAGCCUGUGGGGAGCUGAAGAAAGAGAAGGGGAUUCACCGACUAGAGGCCAUGCUUUUUGCUCUGGACAGAAUCAACAAUGAUCCAGACCUUCUCCCAAAUAUCACCUUGGGGGCUCGCAUCCUGGACACUUGUUCUCGAGAUACCCAUGCCUUGGAGCAGUCACUCACCUUUGUCCAGGCCCUUAUUGAGAAGGACAGUACUGAGGUGCGCUGCAUUAAUGGUGGACCACCUAUCAUCACCAAGCCAGAACGUGUGGUUGGGGUAAUUGGAGCCUCAGGAAGCUCAGUCUCCAUUAUGGUGGCCAAUAUUUUGCGCCUCUUCAAGAUUCCCCAGAUAAGCUAUGCUUCCACUGCCCCCGACCUGAGUGACAAUAGCAGAUACGACUUCUUUUCCCGUGUUGUCCCCUCAGACACCUACCAGGCCCAAGCUAUGGUGGAUAUUGUCAAAGCAUUCAAGUGGAAUUAUGUUUCAACCUUAGCCUCUGAAGGCAGCUAUGGUGAGAGUGGAGUGGAGGCUUUCAUUCAGAAAUCAAGAGAGGAUGGGAGCAUGUGUGUGGCACAAUCUGUCAAGAUUCCACGGGAACCCAAAGCAGGAGAGUUUGAUAAGAUCAUUCGGCGCCUCCUGGAGACAUCCCAUGCUCGAGCUGUCAUCAUCUUUGCCAAUGAAGAUGAUAUCAAGAAUGUGCUGAUGGCUGCCAAGAGGGCUAAUCAGACUGGGCACUUCAUCUGGAUGGGGUCUGACAGCUGGGGCUCCAAAAUUGCCCCAGUGAGAGAUCUGGAAGAGGUGGCUGAGGGAUCUGUUACCAUCUUGCCCAAGAGGGCAUCUGUUAGAGGUUUUGAUCGCUAUUUUUCUAGUAGGACAUUGGAUAAUAACCGUCGGAAUAUUUGGUUUGCUGAAUUCUGGGAGGAUAACUUCCAUUGCAAGCUGAGUCGCCAUGCUUUGAAGAAAGGAAGCACCAUCAAGAAGUGUACAAAUCGUGAGCGGAUUGGCCAGGACUCUGCCUAUGAGCAGGAGGGGAAGGUGCAAUUUGUCAUCGAUGCUGUCUAUGCCAUGGGUCAUGCACUGCACAACAUGCACAAGAACUUAUGCCCUGGGAAGGUUGGCCUCUGCCCUAAGAUGGAUCCAGUAGAUGGUGCAGAGUUGCUCAAAUACAUCCGUAGCGUCAAUUUCUCAGGAAUUGCUGGGACCCCUGUGACAUUCAACGAGAAUGGAGAUGCCCCAGGCCGCUAUGAUAUCUAUCAGUACCAGAUCAAGAAUACCACUCCUGAGUACAAAGUUAUUGGGCACUGGGCUGAUCACUUGAAUUUAAAAAUGGAGCGCCUGCAUUGGCCCGGAGGAGGCAACCAGGUGCCCACCUCAAUUUGCAGCCAGCCAUGCAAGCCUGGAGAGAGGAAGAAACUGGUGAAAGGUAUUCCCUGCUGCUGGCAUUGUGAGCGCUGCGAUGGGUACCAGUAUCAGCAUGAUGAGUUCCACUGCAAGGUGUGCCGCUUCAGUGAGCGCCCCAACGAGAACCACACAGGCUGCAUCCCCAUCCCCAUUGUCAAGCUAGAGUGGAGCUCCCCUUGGGCCAUGGUGCCAGUUUUCAUUGCCAUUGUGGGCAUCAUUGCCACUCUCUUUGUGGUGGUGACUUUUGUGCGCUACAAUGACACGCCCAUUGUAAAGGCCUCAGGGCGAGAGCUCAGCUAUGUGCUGCUGACGGGCAUCUUUCUCUGUUAUGCCACCACCUUUCUGAUGAUUGCUGGGCCUGGCAUAGGCACCUGUUCACUGAGGCGUGUCUUCUUGGGGCUGGGCAUGAGCAUCAGCUAUGCUGCCUUGCUGACUAAAACCAACCGCAUCUACCGUAUCUUUGAGCAGGGUAAAAAGUCAGUCAGUGCUCCUCGCUUAAUCAGUCCCGCUUCCCAGCUGGUCAUCACCUUUAGCCUCAUCUCUCUGCAACUCCUGGGGGUCUGCAUCUGGUUCAUUGUGGAUCCCUCACACUCUAUCAUUGACUAUGAGGACCAGCGGACUACGGACCCCCGUUUUGCCCGGGGAGUCCUCAAGUGUGACAUUUCAGAUCUGUCCCUCAUCUGUUUGCUUGGGUACAGCAUGCUGCUCAUGGUGACCUGCACUGUGUACGCUAUAAAGACCCGAGGGGUUCCUGAGACCUUUAAUGAAGCCAAGCCCAUUGGGUUCACCAUGUACACUACCUGCAUCGUCUGGUUAGCCUUCAUUCCCAUCUUCUUCGGGACAUCACAGUCAGCAGAGAAGAUGUAUAUUCAGACCACGACGUUGACCAUCUCAGUGAGCCUAAGCGCCUCUGUCUCCCUGGGCAUGCUUUACAUGCCCAAGGUCUACAUCAUCCUCUUCCACCCAGAGCAAAAUGUUCCUAAGCGGAAGCGCAGCCUCAAAGCUGUUGUGACAGCAGCCACCAUGUCCAACAAAUUUACUCAGAAAGGAGGCUUCCGCCCCAAUGGAGAGGCCAAAUCAGAACUGUGUGAAAAUCUUGAAACACAAGCUCUGGCUACCAAACAGACUUACGUCAGCUAUAGCAACCAUGCAAUUUAAAUACAGCCAGUGGCAGCUGACCACAGAAAAGGGCUGCUGAAAUGGAGGAACUAGAAAAUGGAGUUAAGCCCUUCCACACAGAUAUUGUGGUGCUGGGGAGGGAGUGAAAGAAAAAAGGAUUCCAAGAAGGCAUCAGGGGUGCCUGAUUCUGAUGGCUGGGCUGUUGAGAGGCAGGUCUUCAAGAAGAUAGCUGCCAACAGCAACAAGAAGAACAAACCACCCUCAUGUGAGUUAUUUGCCUUCUACUGGAGGAAGAGGACAGGCCACGAGGGUGAACACCAUACCCAGGGAAAGAAGGUGGCAGAUCUUUAGCAACUUUUUUUGUUUUUGUUUUUCUAUAUCUUGGCAACAAGGAAAAAAGAAAAAAAAGUAAGGUUAAGUUUCUCUUUUUCCCAAAAGUUUGUGAGAUGAUUUGUGGUUGUGAAGAGUCUUUCUUUCUCCCAUUUUUCCUUUAUUUUUAAUUUUCUCAUCCCUGUCUGCUUACUUUCCCUUCUGUCUUCCCCCUCUCCUCCUUACCAAAUUCUGUGUUGCGAAAAUAGUAAAAAUUCCUUUAAAAAACCCUCAACCAUCAACAACAACAAAAAAUGAAAACAAACCUAGACUGUGUUCAAGUGCUGAUUUCUAUAGGUGGUAAAUUAAUGUAUGUGAUGACCAUAUGGAUUGAAAUAUGUCUGCUUUAAUGUACUGACCAAUCAAAAAAGAUAAAAAACAAAAAAAACAAAAAAAACAAAAGUUCAGUGCCUGGAUGUUUAUGACUUAUUCGAUGACGAUGUGUAGAGCAUGAUCAUUUUUAUACCAGAUUAUUUCUAAUAAAAACCAUGGUUUUGCACUCA